UGCGUUAGCAUUGACUUAUAAGAAAAGCAUUGGCACACAUCCAACGGACACAACGGCUUUGACUUAUUAUCUCUCUCGCUUCGCUGAGAUUGGUUACACCGAAUUCACGCAAUUCGUAGGCAUCACGUGUUCUUAAUACCAUAAAUAUCAUUCGCUUACGUAGAAGAUAAAUUCAUAUGCGAAGAUUCUGCUUGUCGUAUUCGUGGAAAAGAGUCAAAAGUCCAAUCCGUCACCGAGACGAAGGCAUUUCGUCAACAAAUGUUUGAAUACAUUAUCUCGUCUGCGAAACAGUGGGUGAUAUUUGUGCUCUGAAUGCAUUCAAAUUUGCUUCGGAUCCAUCAUAAAGAUAACAUUUAUAGAUUCUGAAUUAAUUCUGCCGUUGCAUAUCGCGGAAAAAACGAAAUAACGGCAUAUGUGGGAAUAACUGUUAAGUCAAUGUAUUUGCGUUGUAAUAAGGUGCUGUCUGGGUACAGUAUAACCUUCAGUUCGGUUGGCUGAACGUACCCGCUCAAAUGUCACACACUCAAAUCAUGUAUAGUACACACAUACUGUUGUUCGUCGGCGGAGUACAUAGAACAAAAGAGAAGAAGAGAAAGAGAGAAAUAGAAGAACAUAAUAUGCGCUUUAAAAAACAAAACAAAAUUCGCUUCGGACGACAAUGACAACUUCCAAUAAGUUUCUUUUACAAACUCCAAAAUGACGAUCGAUAAAUUGUUACGGUGGCGGAAAUUUUGAUUAAAUUUAAUGUGUGUGCGAUUCAUUUGUGGAAUUGUGUCGAUUUGUUCACAUUUUCGUUAUUUUUUCCUUUCGAAACAAGCCGACCAGAGAAAAAAUCAUUGUUCCACAUAAAUGUUGAAAUUGACUGUGGGAGACAAUAGUGCGUCGGAAUACUGUGUUAUGCCUAUUCGCAGCUCAUGUUUCGUGUGUAAAGUGUGAAUUAGAUUUUGUUUAUGAGACUGUUGGUUGAGGUGUCGUAAGAAGUGCAAAAUAAAGCAGAGAAGAAGGAGAAAGAACUGUGUUAAUGAUUGCGGCAAGAUAAUGACAAUUUAGCGGAUGCUUAGCUUGAUGUUCAUCGAGCCUUGUGUCUAUGCUUGAAUUAGAAGUGACAGUGUGAAAUUAGCUCGAUUUUGUUUCCGGCUCUUUGGCGACAGUGAAACAGAAAAAAUAAAAUAAAAGAAGAAUCAUUUCGACCAACAACGAAUACAACCAUUCAUUUAUAUAUACGGUGCGUUGCGUUCAAUUUAUUAUCCUAGUUGCCUUUGUGACAGAUUGUUUCAUAUAAAAUAUCCAUGUAUUCUUUUUUUUAUGAGUGGCUCUCCAGCUCAUUUGCAUAAAGAUUUCUGUUUUCAUGACGCCUCUUUGAUUCGGUUACAUUGAUUUUUGGAUAGAGACUUUUUGGUCUUGAGUGCAUUUACGUGCUGCUGCCACCAAACAUGUACACACAAGUGUAACAGUGUGACUAGCCAGUGUGUGUUAGUAUUUACUUGGGUCUUUGUACUUUGAGUGUAGGAAAAUCCAGACUUUCGUGAGCAACUACGUGCAUGGAAAAUAAUGCUGUGCAUGUGUGUGUGUGUGCGUGUGUUUACGUGCGGGAGUCGUUGGGAAUAUAGUAAUAAGCGCUACACUAAAAUCGAUUCCAGAAUACAAUCCGCACGCAAAAUAGCAUUUUUUCCACUCAUUCAAAGAAGGUGGUAUUUUUCUGGGCAAUUAUUUUCAUCGUCAAUAAAUCAAUUGACCGAAACCGUUCACCAAAAUUCAACAGACGAAAUUUGAUUUUCAACAAAAGAAAAAACAUAUUUCAUUUUCUGCUCUCUACUCUCCCUGCGCUCAGUCUGUAGCCGAUGCUGCUGCUACUACUGCCGCAUGUCUUCACUCUCGGCAAAAUUAAGUGACAGUGUGAGCCAAGAAUUGCGAAACACACGCAACUGUAUCUAUACGCUGCGCGUUACAAUAUGUUAAGAUAUAUAGGCUAUAGACACACCGAAAUGGAAAACGACACAGCAAACGAGAUAGAAAAAAAAACAAACGCUUUUCGUUACCAAAUGCUCACCUCGUAACGUUUCAUAUGCACAGCUAUAAAUAGACAGUGUUAAUUCGCUUUAAUAUUUAAUUGUCUUUCUGUUCUAACAUCAAAUAUCACAUAAGAAGUGCAGAAUUUGUUGAAAUCGAGUGGGAGAAAUCAACUGGAACGAGGAUUCAAUCAACUACGCAGUAUCGAUUCUAAAGCAAUGUGAAAUCUUGUAAUCAAAUGAAAGAACCUGAGUUCUUAGCAUUUUUUCAGUCGUCUUGAUUCAGGAUUGCUCGAUAUAUGGUUGGUUAUUCUGGCAACAAUCACAAUUAUGUCUGAAUCUAGUUUGAAACCGUUUCAUCUGAAGCAACCCGAUGGUGACGAAGUCGAGCGAUCAAUUGAGUUUUUGGACAAAGUGUUGUCGGAGUUUGAAGAUCCGGACUCUUUGCCGCACAUCGAACAACAUGAACCGGAAACGCCGACACAAGGCAAUCAAUCCGAAGAUGAUGGAUACAUGAGUAUGAAUGGAAAAAAAGAAUUAAAAUUGCUUGAUAUAGAAAGUGACAACAAUUUGAAGAAUAAACGAUCCAUUGUUGAUGCAAAACUACGAAAUGAUUCUGCGGGCAGUAUCAAUGACUCGGAUUCACUUCCGUGUCAAACGACACUGCCCAAAGCUCGUCCAUUAAAUGUGAAUCCAUCCAAAUACGCCAGUCUUCCAGGCUCAACGCAAUCAAAGAAAACAGAGAAAAGCAAUGAUUUUGAUUUCCUAAUGAGGAACGGUCGAACCAAGCUCGGUAUUGACAUCAGCGCUGUUCAUGAUGCGGUAUUACGUGGCGUUGCCACCAAUUGCCAAUUCAUACCAGAAACAAUGGAAAAAGAACAUCCAGUCACCAUUUAUCCCGGCCGAGCAUCGCCAGUUAAAUCAAAAUCGGUAUCAACGCGAAAAGUAGUUCGUUCCGCUCACGAUUUGACGGACAAAAAGUUGAAAUUGCAUUUGAAUGACGAAUCUUCGGAUGGCGAUGAAGACGAAGAAGAAGGAGCAAUCACACAAGCUGAUAGCGCAUCAGAAGACUUCAAGCCAUUGAUGCAAACGGUUAGUUUGUCCAAUUUCGAUAAUCGUCAUAGUUUAAUUACAUCCGAGGAGGACUUCUCGGAUGAUUCCCUUGAGAAUGCGAGUGCAAACGCGAAUGAAACACCCGAACGUGAUACAUCUACACAAAUCAUCGAAAUCAAACUAGAGAGUAAAGAAGUUGCAGGUAGAGAAGAAGUAGAAGAAGAAGAAGAAGAACAAAGCGAGUUAUCGCCGCCAUCACCGCCAUCACCUGAGCCACCACAAAUGCCAGCAUUAACGUUACCCUUGAAAUGCAGCCCAGGAAUCGCAUGGGAAAUUAAAAUGGAUGACAAUAUAGCAAACGAUAUAAACAUGAAGUUACCGGCAAUACUUGCGAUUCCGCCGAAUUUUGCCGACUGUGAGAACAGUGUGGCGUCAACUCCGUGCAAUAGUAUUUUAAGUACAGACCAUUCGUAUUCAUCCGAUUGGCCUGACCCACCCGAAAACCCAAUUUGCAGCACAGAAGAUGAAGCCGGUUCGAUCAUCACUGAUUCGGAAGAUGUAAUCCCAAUGCAAAAAACCAUCAUUCCAAACGGUACGUAUGUGAUUCGCAAGGGACGCGACCGUAAACAAGUGUUUGAUAUACCGGAGUUUGUGCCAUCGCAUGAAGCGGGGAAAGAGUCCGAACUGGAAUCAAUGUUGGAAUCAAGCCAAGAAUUACUGAGCAUUGAGGAGGCCAAUGAUAUACCGCAGCCACCGAUAAACAUACCAAAGUACCGACACAGCAUCGAUUUGGCAUUACCAUCGAUGCAGAGCUCAAUUCAUUCCGCAAAACAUUCGGAUUACAGUUCGUUUUGGUCAAAGCCAAAUGACGGCAAAUUGACGCAUGCAAGCAGCUUAACACCAUCAAAACAGGAUUACUUGAAGGUGAACAAAGGUGGUUCAUCGAAUAAAAUUGAUGUGAAUGAUGAUUUGAAUGCACCACUUAUGCGUGUUGCUUCGCUACCAAUAAUUAAUGCUCCACCACCACCCAAUCAAGCUGAUUUGGUGUCUACGCCACGUCGAGACUUGGCUCCGCCGAUUGAAGAAGAUGAAGAACCAGACAGUGAAUCGCAAGGACAAGGUGCUCCGCUUCGUCAGAUAGAGAACACCAUUAGCGCUUUGCUUCGGGGAGAUAUACCUAUUGCUGUGCGAGUACCAGAUAUUCAACCACCGAGACGUCCACUCGGCUUCCGGGUCGGUGUGCAUAAAUCGGAAAGCGCCAAAGAAAUGCUGCUCUCACAACACGUGUUCGGUGCUUUGCCACCCUCACCACCAUCUUCUAGUGCGGAUGAGAUUGACGGUUUACCCCCAUUGCCACCAUUGCCAACGGAAAGCAACGCUGAUGUAUACGAAAACAAAAUUUGGCUCGAUUCGCACAGUUAUCGAUCGACUUCAUUAGGUAAAAAGUACGAGAAUCGAUAUUCGGCAGAUGCGCCUCCUGUUCCACCUCAUCGUUGUCCUUCAGCAGAUAAUACGCUUAAAACCAUGUCAAUGGACUCAAAAUGCUACAAAAGUUCGAACGUUUACAUGUCGCCACACACCACACACUCAACACAUUCGCAUGAUCGAAUGGCGUUAUCGAAUUCCAGGAAACGUAUGCCCGGCGCAUACAUCAAACAUACAACGCCAAGUCCGCAUGAAGAACGUCGUCUUCAAACAUCAUGUAGUCUUCCAGAAACUCCCAUUUUUGCUAGGGGGUGUGAUGUACCCCGAACGCCACAUCGACGAACACAAGAGACGCCCGCGUGUAGUGGUGGCAGUCGAACAGCACCUAGGCCUAUGAACAGUUUGAAUUCAUCAAUCGUUGGAAUAGCCGGAAGCACGCUGAAUGGUCGACAUCCACAACGAAAUAUAAACCAUGCGUUAUUAAGUAGUGAAAUGUUGCGAAUAGCUGGUGGACCGGCUCGUGGAUGGUAUCCAAAGCAACGGCAAAAUCGGCCCGUUUCAAAUGAAAAUUUGGAUCGUAUUCAUUGCGGUGGCCGUGCUUGGGACGUGGGCACAUCUAGUCGAAAACCUCUAACGUUGCCGCCAAAUUUGUCACCAAACUUCUUUAAGAAAUCACCAACUGAUGCUUUGCGACGAGUUACUAGUUUACUCAUUCGCAAAGGCGAAAAAGCAAAAGAAGAUAAAAAGGACAGGAACGCUCAAAUUCCAUCCGCUCAUCGAUCUUUUGAUGCAGGCGCAAUGGAAACACCGAAUACACACAAGAAGAAGGGAUUUUUCAAGAGUUUUUGGAAGAAAACUAAACAUUAUUCCAUCGAACAAUAAAAAUCGAUUGACCAAACUGGAUACUGGCCUAAGAGCAUAAAUCGACACACAUACAACAGAAAUACGGCAUACACGGACAAUGUUUACAUUUUCCAAUAUAUUUUAUUCCGUUUGUUUGAAAUCAUAUUCACACAAAUUCAAUUAGAAAGCGAAAGAAAAAUGUGUAUGGGAGAACUCUUUCUUAACGCGAAUGUUCACCCGAAUUGGAAAUACGAAUUAACAAAACCAAAUGACUGCAUUUUUUUUCGAAAUGAAACGUUUACUUAGAAAAACUAGUAGACACUUUUUUCCGACACACAGUAUUACAAAUUGAAGAAAAGAAAGAAAUGUUUUUUGCGCAAUUGCUCUUUUAAUUUGAAUUAGUCACAUCAAAAGUAUUAAGCAAGUGUGAUAUAAAAAAAAAUGCCAAUCGAUAAGGUUUUAUGGGCAAAUUGAUGAAUUUCAGUAGAGUAGACAACAAACAAUUCAUUUGUAUUAAACACACAAACACACACAAUUUUUCGAAUGAACAUCAUUAGAUAGACAUUUCAAAAAAGGGCCAUUUUCGAAAUACGCGUCUAUUUUACAUUAGAGACAUUAAAAUUUUAUGUUUUUCUUGGUUGUCGUAUUUAGAUAAGCACGAUGGAAACUAUGCCAUCAAGUAUUUUAUUAUAGAAGGAGAGAUAAUUUUUUUUCCUCAAUACAUCAAAUUUAUGUUGUACAAAGUGCUACUCGUACUCAUUUCAUCUCAUCUCAAGUCACGUUUCUAUCAGUGCAAAAACACACACACACACACACACUUUCGAUAAACGAGCACAUUAACGCAUUAGAAACUCAUCUUUGAAUAUAUGUACUAAGCAAAUCUGUGCACAUUUUUCUUUGUUUUUUUUUUUUUCUAAGUAAGGAUCACACAUUUACAGUGAGGCAUAUUGUUUUGUUUGUAGAGUUUUCUAUAUUGAAAUCAGAAAAGUGAAGAAUCUAGACCUACUUAUUAAAUUAUUACUAUACUAAAUAAGCAACUUAAAAAAAAGUAAAACCCAAGGAACACAAAAUCGUGAUUUGUUUGCAACUUUUGUAUGUGUAGAAAACAAAGUACCAUAAAAAAUUUCUAUGAAACUAACGUCGGUCAUAUUAUUUUUUAUUCCUCUAUUUAUUGUAUGUAUUUAUCGAUUUUUUUAACUAUUUGAGGAAUCAAUUCAAUUUAAGGCACAAUUUCGUUUUACUGAAAUUAACCACUAUAUUUGAGCCAUUUUUUUUUCAUAUAACCGUAAGAUUAAGUUUCAAUUUAUUUCAUUUUUUGGUUACCGUUUCAAUCUUUUCUAUUCUUAAAUCCAACCAACCAACCAAUCAUUCAUCCAUUCAUCAUACUAAGAAAUGCAAGUAGAUACGAACACACACACACACACACAAAAUCUUUUCACACACAAAAAUCUAAUCAAUAUUGAUAUUUAGAUUUGUGACAAAAUAGAUUAGAAUUUAAAAUUAUUGUAAUUUGGAUAUUGUACUCUGGCAAUAAAUUGAUUUUGAAUCUUGAA